AUUUAGUGGGUGGUCUAUAAUUACUACCAAAUACGUGGGACAGGGUCCUUCGAAUGGUGCUACCACACAUCCCAUCUGAUGUAACAGAUGACGUAGUUCAUUAGGGUAUUGGUGUAUAGGUUGGUAUUACAGUAUUAACUUUGGUGUGUUCCGAGUUUAUGGCGGUUUAAAUUUGCAAAUUAUAGAGAUAAAAGUUCAAUUUAAUUAAUUUUUAGAGACUCGUGAGAAAUUUAUACAUUUUUGUAACAUGUUUUGUGAGAAGGCGUUCGAAUUAAUCAAAGAACUUCAUCGAUCACCUGAUAUAUUGCCAUUAUUUAAUGAAGAUGGAGUUCGUCAAGUAUUGGAAGAGAUGAAAGCACUGUUUGAACACAAUCAAAGAGAUGUAAAUGCUCACAUAGGUGGGGAUGCAAGUUACCUGUCUGGAGUUCAUCUGCGUCAUACGGCUCUGGAGAGGAACAAAAGAUGUCUUCUAGCAUAUUUGUACGAUCGUCUCGUGAGGAUACGGCAUAUGAGAUGGGAAUUUGGGAGUAUCUUGCCGCCUGAAGUUAAAUACAAUCUCUGUGAGCCUGAGAUUCUGUGGUUCAAUAAAUACAGUAAGUCACUUGCAAAUUACAUGAAGUCAGUUGGAGACAGUCAUGGUUUGAACCUCACGCAAGACACUAAACCUCCAAAGUCUCUUUACAUAGAGGUUCGCUGUCAGGUUGAUUAUGGCAAAUUUGAAUUAGAUGAUGGCGAAACAGUUCUGCUCAAGAAAAACAGCCAACAUCUGCUGCCUCGUGCUCAAUGCGAACCCCUCAUACGGCAAGGCAUCCUCGAACACAUCGUACAUUAAUGUCUGGAAGGGGAAUUGGCACAAAACUCUUUAGUGCCUACGAUUUCUCAAUCGAAACAGAGCAAUAGAUAUGACUGUAUUGCAGUUUUAUAUAAUUUUCUUUAUUGCGCUCGUGUCGCACAUUUGUAGUUGCGAUGUUAAAUACAUUGAAGUCCAUUUAGAGUUGUGUUAAAAUUAUAAAUAUUUCAGACAA